AUGGGUUUGCUAAAGGUUGGCAAGCCUUUACACUGGAAUGAUUCCCUAGAGCACUGCCACUACAUUCGUCGCCACGGUGUUCUUCAGUUCAUUGCCACAUACAGGCGAUUACAGCAUCUUGAGAAUGAUCGCUUGUUCUAUGGCGACGAGAUCGAAUAUGCUCUUUUGAAGGUUGACCCUGCCAGCAAGAGAGUGAGGUUGAGCUUGCGGGGUCCUGAGGUCAUGGAAACCCUGCGGAAGCAGGAGCAGGACAUGAAUGCUUUUCGAGGCUGUGCCUGGCACCAAGAAUAUGGCAGCUGGAUGCUGGAAGGCACACCAAGUCUACCGUAUGGUGGCUACACUAUGAGUCUCGUCAGCGUUGAGCAGAACAUGAGGCUUCGCCGUGGAAGGCUCCUAACUAUUCUUGCCGAGGAUGAGAUUGCCCCAACCCUGGUGACAUUCCCCAUGAUGGGCGUUGGAGACUUUGUCCAUCCAGCCGCUCCACCUGGUGGAGAGGCAUCGCAGUCGGAGUUUGUCCCAGACACCUGCAUCAAUCCUCACCCGAGAUUCGGAACGCUUACCGGCAACAUUCGUCGACGCAGAGGAAGCAAGGUUGACAUUCGAGUCCCUUUGUUCAAGGAUGUGAACACAAAGGAGUUUGAGAGUGAUACGGAUCCCUCAAUUCAGAUGGAUUGCAUGGCCUUUGGCAUGGGUUGCUGCUGUUUGCAAGUAACUUUCCAGGCCAGCGACAUGGAGGAAUCGCGGCUUUUGUACGACCAGCUUGCAGUUUUAGCACCAAUCAUGAUGGCCCUGACAGCUGCGACGCCGGUGGUGAAGGGAAGGCUGGCUGCUAGUGAUGUGCGUUGGAACAUCAUCAGCCAGUCAGUCGACGACCGCACACCGGCGGAGCGUGGUGAGGGCGACUUCAAGGCCGAGCCACUCAUGGCUGGGGAAGGGAGAAGACGACAAAGCAAGAGCCGCUAUGACUCCAUCUCAUGCUACAUCCACCCUGGCUCCAAGGCCUACAAUGACAUCCCCUGUGAGGUUGAUGAGGAGAUGGAUUCCGUCCUUUACCAGGAGGGGAUUGAUGAGAUGCUGACGAGGCACAUCUCCCAUCUCUUCACCCGAGAUCCGCUGGUUGUCUUCGAGGGCCACGUGGAGUUGGAUGAUGACAAGUCGACCGAUCAUUUCGAAAGCAUACAGUCCACAAAUUGGCAGACAGUUCGAUGGAAGCCACCGCCAAUACCUUCCACUGCUUGCUCUCCUCACAUUGGCUGGAGGACAGAGUUUCGUUCAAUGGAAGUUCAGCUCACUGACUUUGAGAAUGCAGCAUUCACAGCCUUCAUUGUCAUCGUAACACGGGCGAUCCUAGUCUUCAACCUGACGCUUCUGGCUCCCCUGUCGUUGGUGGACGACAACAUGAAGCGAGCUCAUGGUGUUGAUGCCGUGCGGCGAAGCAAAUUCUGGUUCCGCAAGCACAUUCUGCCGGAUGAUACUGACGAGAUGAUGCAAAACAUUUGUCCAAGUCAAGGCCCCAAAGGGGAGUCCAAGUCCAGCCAAUUUGAGGAGAUGACGAUGGACGAAAUUAUGAAUGGCAAGAGCUGCUAUUUUCCCGGACUCGUGCCUUUGUGCUAUGCUUAUUUGGAGCACAUUGGGUGUGACGAGAAUUCAUUCAAGAGGCUCGACCAAUACUUGAAGCUGAUCAAAGACAGAGCUACUGGGGAGUUAAUGACUCCAGCAACUUGGAUGCGGAACUUUGUACAUGCCCAUAAGGACUACAAGAUGGAUUCGGUGGUUUCCGAAACGAUUGCCUACGACCUCGUUCACGCUUGCAGUGACAUCGGCCUCGGUAGGCGGCCUUGUCCAGAGUUGCUGGGCGAUGUCAUCAUCGAGCCCAUACUCAAGGAUGGCCACUACGAGACGCCGCUCUUUGGUGAAAAGCUUGGCUCGGAAGAUCGGCGUGGUCUGCUUCAAAAGAUUAUGUCUCGAGCUGCCCAAUGUGAUGGCACCUUCUCUGCUCCUUCGAGUGCGCAGAUGCGGCGCCAGUACAGUGGAGCAGUCAAUGCUGGUGGGGAUCCUGUGAGCAGACAGGGCAGCCUGGGACUUCGAGAGGGGUCGGGAGGCUAUGUGGCCUGA